AUGCAAGAAUUUAAUGUUGAGAUUAGAGAUAAGAAGGGAACGGAGAAUGUGGUGGCAGACCACUUAUCAAGAUUUGAGAAUCUGGGGCCUAUUCCAAUUGGGGUUGAGAUAAAUGAGAGAUUUCCGGACGAGAUGCUCAUGCCCAUUUCCGAGUUAGCAACACCUUGGUAUUUUUGGGAUGGGCCCUAUUUGUUUAAGAUUUAUGGAGAUGAGAUGCUAAGGAGGUGUGUAGCUUUGGGAGAAAUGAUGCCUAUCUUGAGCUCUUGUCAUGAUUCCGAUGACCGGUUCCAAAGAGUGGAAAACAUUUCGAAGCGAGAUGAGAUUCCCUUGACUACUAUCCAAGAAGUGAAGAUUUUUGAUGUGUGGGGGAUUGACUUUAUGGGGCCCUUUCCAAUAUCUUAUGGGAACACUUACAUCUUGGUAUGCAUGGAUUAUGUAUCGAAAUUGGUAGAAGCGGAGGCUUUACCUACAAAUGAUGCCAAGGUUGUUUUACGUUUUCUCAAGAGGCUUGUAAAUCGGUUUGGUACACCAAGAGUCAUCAUAAGUGAUGGGGGAUCAUAUUUUUGCAACCGGCAAUUUGAAGCCUUAAUAAAGAAGUACAAUGUAUACCACCGAGUUGCGAUCCCAUAUCAUCCCCAAAUUAGUGGGCAAGUAGAGGUUUCCAACCGGAAAAUGAAGAGAAUCUUAGAGAAGACGGUGAAUGGGUCUCAGAAGGAUUGGUCCUUAAAAUUGGAUGAUGCAUUGUGGGCGUAUAGGACGACUUACAAAACUCCACUUGGUAUGUCCCCUUUUCGAAUUGUGUAUGGGAAAGGAUGUCACUUGCCGGUAGAGUUGGAGCAUAAGGUGUAUUGGGCAAUCAAGAAGUUGAACUAUGAUUUCAAGGAGGCGUAUGAGAAGCGUUUAUUACAACUAAAUGAAUUGGAUGAAUUCUAG